ACGCUCUUAUCUGCCCAGCCCAGCAUGGGGGGGUGGCCGGGCUGGCCAAGGCGGGACACUGCCUAGGGGCUGGACACGGAACAGCCCCAAUCCCUACUGGGUGGGUGACAGCCACUGAGGAGUCUUGAGUGUCCCUGCAGGCUGGUGGCCAGCGGCUGCCCCAUCUUCUGCACUAUGUCGGACGGCGAGGGCCCCUCGGCCGAUGACAGCGCGUCUGCCGCGAGUAGCAUGGAGGUGUCAGACCGCAUCGCCUCCUUGGAGCAGCGGGUCCAGAUGCAGGAAGACGACAUCCAGCUGCUCAAGUCAGCGCUGGCUGACGUGGUUCGGCGGCUGAACAUCACUGAGGAGCAGCAGGCUGUGCUCAACAGGAAAGGACCUACCAAAGCAAGACCACUGGUGCAGACCCUGCCUUUAAGAACCACCGUCAACAAUGGCACCGUGUUACCAAAGAAACCCAGCGGCUCCCUGCCGUCCCCCUCCGGGGCCAGGAAGGAAACCCCUAUGCCGGCAACCAAAAGCAUCAAGCGGACCAGCUCUUCUGAGCGCGUAUCUCCUGGGGGCCGGCGGGAGAGCUCUGGGGACUCCAAAGGCAGCCGGAACCGCACAGGCUCCACCAGCAGUUCCUCUAGUGGCAAGAAGAACAGCGAAAGCAAACCCAGGGAGCCCGUGUUCAGUGCAGAGGAAGGAUAUGUGAAAAUGUUUCUUCGCGGACGCCCUGUUACCAUGUACAUGCCCAAAGAUCAAGUGGACGCUUACAAUUUGGAAGCAAAAGCUGAACUCCCCACCAAGAGGCUGAAGCUAGAAUGGGUCUACGGGUACCGGGGGCGAGACUGUCGGAACAACCUGUACCUGCUCCCGACAGGGGAGACGGUGUAUUUCAUCGCCUCGGUGGUGGUGCUGUACAACGUGGAGGAGCAGCUGCAGAGGCAUUACUCGGGCCAUAAUGACGACGUGAAGUGCCUAGCAGUUCACCCCGAUAGGAUCACUAUAGCAACAGGACAAGUCGCAGGCACGUCUAAGGAUGGAAAACAACUGCCCCCACAUGUGCGCAUCUGGGAUUCUGUGACAUUGAACACGCUGCAUGUCAUCGGGAUAGGCUUCUUUGACCGAGCUGUCACCUGUAUUGCAUUCUCAAAAUCUAACGGAGGAAGCAACCUCUGCGCUGUGGACGACUCCAAUGACCACGUACUGUCCCUGUGGGACUGGCAGAAAGAAGAGCGGCUGGCCGACGCGAAGUGUUCUAAUGAAGCUGUGUUUGCUGCGGAUUUCCACCCCACGGACACCAAUGUCAUAGUCACCUGUGGAAAAUCACAUCUCUACUUUUGGACACUUGAAGGAAACUCCCUCAAUAAGAAGCAAGGAUUGUUUGAGAAACAGGAAAAGCCAAAGUUUGUCCUCUGCGUGACGUUUUCUGAAAACGGUGACACCAUUACUGGAGAUUCCAGUGGCAACAUCUUAGUAUGGGGAAAAGGUACCAACCGCAUAAGCCACGCCGUCCAAGGGGCCCACGAGGGCGGCAUUUUUGCGCUUUGCAUGCUGAGAGACGGCACGCUGGUGUCCGGAGGAGGGAAAGACCGGAAGCUCGUUUCUUGGAAUGGAAACUAUCAAAAACUUCAUAAAACUGAGAUUCCUGAACAGUUUGGCCCAAUCCGGACGGUGGCCGAGGGGAAGGGCGAGGUCAUCCUCAUAGGCACGACUAGGAACUUCGUCCUGCAGGGCACCCUGUCAGGGGACUUCACACCCAUCACUCAGGGUCACACUGAUGAGCUCUGGGGACUGGCCGUCCAUGCUUCCAAACCUCAGUUCUUGACCUGUGGGCAUGACAAGCACGCCACUCUCUGGGACGCUGUCGGCCACCGGCCCGUCUGGGACAAAAUCAUAGAGGAUCCAGCUCAGUCUUCUGGUUUUCAUCCUUCAGGGUCUGUGGUCGCGGUCGGAACACUGACUGGGAGGUGGUUUGUGUUUGACACAGAAACAAAAGACCUGGUCACCGUCCACACGGACGGCAACGAGCAGCUGUCCGUGAUGCGCUACUCCCCAGAUGGGAACUUCUUAGCCAUCGGCUCUCAUGACAACUGCAUCUACAUCUACGGAGUCGGGGACAACGGGAGGAAGUACGCGCGGGUUGGCAAGUGCUCGGGUCACUCCAGUUUCAUCACCCACCUGGACUGGUCUGCAGACUCUCAGUACCUCGUGUCCAACUCCGGGGACUACGAAAUCCUUUACUGGGUCCCCUCUGCUUGCAAGCAAGUCGUAAGUGUGGAGACUACGAGAGACAUUGAGUGGGCUACGUAUACCUGCACUUUGGGAUUCCAUGUCUUUGGAGUGUGGCCGGAAGGCUCGGAUGGAACUGACAUCAACGCCGUCUGUCGGGCCCAUGAGAAAAAACUGCUGUCAACGGGGGACGACUUCGGCAAAGUGCACCUCUUCUCCUACCCCUGCUCUCAGUUUAGGGCUCCAAGCCACAUAUACGGCGGACAUAGCAGCCACGUCACCAACGUCAACUUCCUCUGUGAAGACAGCCACCUCAUCUCCACGGGCGGGAAGGACACGAGCAUCAUGCAGUGGCGAGUUGUGUAGGCCCUGCCGGAGCCAUGGGAGCAGAUUGCGCCCAGGAGACACAGAUUCGCGUUCCACUUGGUCACUGUGAUUUCUGUUUUGUCUAAAAAUUCUUACAACCUCAGGAAAAGUAUCCCUCUACCGGUUACCUUAGCUUAGGGAGUCCGCGAGCGCCCUGCCAGAGAGCGGUCCCCUUUCCGCUUUUCUUGUAUAAUAUAUAAAACUGUGCACAUUGCAUAUAGAAAAGGUCCCAAGGUCUACGUGACCGUGGCAUCAACAGAAGAAACUGGUGUCACUUUUCUAUGAACUUUUCAAAAAUGGUCACAGAAUG